AAUUCGGUGGUCUUCAGUCUCUCUCUCCACUUCUAAUUUCUAUGACCUCCACUGAUCCUCAUUCCUCCUAAUAAACCAACCAAACCAGUGUGAUUUUGUGUGCGAGAGAGAAACACACACAAUAAGGAAAAAUGUUGAGUGCAGUUUCUCCUACUCGUGUUCUUCAAUCUCCAUUCGUAUACUGCCCUCUCAAGCUCUCUUCUUCUUCUUCUUCUUCUUCUUCUUCUUCUGUCUCCUUUAAGUCCGCAAGAAAUCAACGGUCACCAGUGUCUUAUCCAUGUAUCAGAGCUAUUGAUCUUGAUCAAAACACGAUAGUGGCAAUAUCAGUAGGGGUUAUGAGCAUUGCUAUUGGGGUUGGAAUUCCAGUUUUCUACGAAACCCAAAUUGAUAAUGCAGCAAAGCGAGAGAAUACCCAGCCAUGCUUCCCCUGCAGCGGGUCUGGUGCUCAGAAGUGCAGAUUUUGCAUGGGAACUGGCAGUGUGACAGUGAAUCUUGGUGGGGACGAGAAAGAAGUCUCACGAUGCAUUAAUUGUGACGGUGCUGGUAAUUUGACGUGCACCACCUGUCAAGGCUCUGGAAUUCAACCUAGAUACCUUGAUCGCAGAGAAUUCAAAGAUGAUGAUUAGUGAUGGAUUCUGGACUCAAGUUGCGGACUAUUUAAUUCAAUUGUGAAAAAGCUGAGGAACCAACACGCCUUUGUAAAACACCUUCCCCACAUAUGUUCAAUUUCUCCCUUCCCCCCUCAAAUUGUCAAAUUCUUUCUGAUGCCUUUAUAUUAUGUAUGAUUCAACCAGCAAUACACAUCCUUUUUUGUAACAAUUGAUUUGUGGAUUUUUGACUGA